GCGCGCAGCGUGGACUUGGAGGUGUCUUGGAAGCAUUACGCACGACGACACGAUAAAUGCGAAAGCCUCCUUUAGAAGGACAGGACACUGUCAAGCUGAACUGGACUGACUCAACUUUUGGUUUGCUUAGCACUUCCUUCGCAGCCUCCUUAAGACGCUUUUCUCAUCCUUUCCUGACGGCGGAUGAAACUCGGAUCUCCCCCUUUGCAGCAGCAGCAGCGGCGGGUCUGGAUGACUUCCCCUCCUCUUAUCCUCGGGUCAGGGUGACUAUUGAGGAAUGGAAACGAUGUAAACAGCUUGGGGAGAAAACAAACUCUGCAGAGCAACAGUUUUUUUCAAGAGGUCCCAAAAAGAGAGGAUGAUCCCUCCGGUCAACAUGAUUCAGGACGAAAGUGGGGGCAAAGAGGACGAACGGGACCAGAAUGAGACACCCAAAUCCCCGACGGCGAACGCCAGCCAGCAGGAAACCAAGAAUACUGUGAGGCCUGAACAUCACAAGCGCAAGCUGCAGAGACUCAAGCGCUCCUUGUCCUUCAAGACCAAGAGCAUCCGCAGCAAGAGCGCAGACAACUUCUUCCGAACCAGCAGCGACAACAAGACGGAGCUGCUGUCAGACGUGAGCAGCAGCACGGGCCAUCUCUGCAACAUCGGGAUGGCCCCGCCGCACACCACCAACCUCCCCAUUCCUCCAGUCCCUCCGGCCAUCCCCUGCGCUCCUCCUCCCACAUCACGUUCUCAGACACGCAACCCCAUGCAGGUAGACUCGGCAGGACACUGCUUCAUGGAGCACAUCUUUAAGAAGCCCACGUUCUGUGACGUCUGCAACCACAUGAUCGUAGGUACAACAGCCAAGCAUGUGGUGUUCCUGGCAGGAAACACGGCAAAGCAUGGCCUCCGCUGCAAAGCCUGCAAGAUGAGCCUCCACCACAAAUGUGAGAACGGAGUGGGACAGCAACGUUGCAUGGGCAAACUGCCAAAAGGCUUUCGGCGGUACUACAGCUCUCCAUUACUGAUCCAGGAACAGUAUGGCUGCAUCAAAGAAGUCAUGCCCAUCGCUUGUGGCAACAAGGUGGACCCUGUGUAUGAGGCCUUGAGGUUUGGGACGUCACUUGCACAAAAAGCCAAGAGGGCCAGUGGCUCUGAGUCUCCACACAGAAACUCAACGAGUGACUUGGAUAAGGUUCCAGAGGAAGUGGUCGCUCACAGCAGUAGGCAGGAGCUGUCGAGAAAACACAGCGAUGACGUUUUCACAGUCAUUGAGAAUGGGACAGAGCAUUACCUGCAGCCAGAGAGAAAACCUAAUGAUUUGCAGUUGGAGCAGAGCCAGCUACAGAAAGAUGUCCUCAAGCUCAACACAUAUGUGGCCUUGUUCAGCUUCAUGCCUCAAGACAGCCAUGACCUGGAGAUGAAUGCGGGAGACAGAAUCUUAUUGGCUGAUGACUCCAAUGAGGACUGGUGGAAGGGGGUAAUUGAGGACAGGAUCGGCUUCUUCCCAGCAGCCUAUGCUCAUCAGGUGCGAUCUGAUGACCAAGUGUUCAGAUGCAACAGGACGUUCAUCGGCUGUAAGGAGCAAGGCCAGAUCACCCUGAAGGAGGGACAGAUCUGUGUGAGCAGCGAGGGCGAACGCAGCGGCUUUAUCAGAGUGGCGAGCGGAAAGAAGAGAGGCUUCGUGCCCUGCGACGUUCUGGAAAUCAUCUGAGACGAACACUCAGAGAAAUGAAGAGAGACAGACAGAAGGAGGGAGGUGGGCUCAGCCGCCUGGAGGUCAGAGGAGGGGGAAACUGAACCUGCAAAAUGGCUGCAAGGAACCAGUGAGGAAGUUGCCUCAUCAGAAAUUUGGAGUUUGGACGCAUAAGUGAUGCUGGGCGUGGACUUCACUUUGUUGCAGGUCAGAGUCUCUGUACCUUCUUCACUCUCCUCGCAGCACAAAGACAGACACUGAGACGACGGGCCGUUUGUUGUUCACAGGGAGACAGGAGAUCGCUGUUUCACUGGAUUUGAUUUAAUUUAUAAAGCUGAUUUGUGUGUUCUUUUUCUUCCCUUUACUUUUAUCCUGCUACAAGCUGUUUGUUUUAUAAAAGUGAAACUGCCGCUGGGCUGUUUAAGCCAAAGAAAAGGAAACAAACACUUACUACAAUGAUUAUUUUUCAAGGUUUCAGCACAUACAGUACAAUGGCAUUCCUCUUAUACAUAGUUUAGUUUCUCAUGCUUUUACAUUUUGUUCCAAGCUUAAGUUGAGCUUUUACUGCAAAGUAGUUUGCAAUAGACUCCGAUAUGUCCUUGAUGUCACAAGGUGAUGGAACACUUGAGUCGGAAUAAACAGCAUAUACAAUAAAAUGAGAACAUUUACCUUCUUUGAAGUCUCAAAUCUCCUUUAAAAUCUACCAAAAGAAAGCCUGACUUGGAUCAUACAGUCACAGUCGUGUGACAGAACUGAAAAAGGUUUCAGUUGGAAAGUGGCACAUCAGAUGCAACAAAGAGAUGUGUGGGAGUAUUUUCAGAGGAGUUUGACACAAUCAAAGAUUUCAGAGAUUCUCAAUGGUCUUCCAACAAUAUCACCCUCAUAUUCCCCAAGUUUAUAAUGUCUUACUCACAUGAAUCCAAGAUUUUACUUCAAGGUGAUGGUAGAUUUAUAUCAUCAUUAGAACCAGAAACUGUUAAAAUCUGUGUUUCUGAUCCUGUUUAUACCUCAUAUUAACAUGCCUGUCGGUGAUCUGAACAUAAAUGGACAGCUUGGAGCUGGUCAGUGUCACUAAAAGAACCACCACAUCUUGGAUUGAUGACGUAGGUCUUGUUGGGGAUGCAACAGGAUGCGUUAUUGCUUCACUACAAAAGAUAAGUGGUCAAAUGCGUCCCAGUGUAUUUAACUUAAUACCAGCCUAUGAAGAGGCUCUCAGUGGACACACAACUUGUCCUUUACGGAGGGAUGGGAAACGAGAACUGGUUCCAAAUAGUCCGAUCCAUUGUAAUCACAAGCCUCCAAGCUUAUAAUUCAUUUUAUUGAACAAGAGGGAGUCGUGGCAGAGAAGAAGAAACAAUCCAAGGUUCAUUUUACGAAUUAAGAUGAGUGCUGCUUGUAAUGUCUGUAAAAUGAUCAUUUCAAGUAAGAGUGAAAACACUAGCAAUAUACUAAAUCAUCUUUCCUAUCGACAUGGGCUUAAACUCCAGGAAUGCCACGUAUCUGACACUCUAUGCACGACCACCGCUUCACAAACAAGCAGCAUGUUCAUUAUCAAGUUGUCUGUGUAAUAACAGCUGAUUUUUUCUUUGACUAAGAAAACCUAAAUGAAAAUGAAUGCUGUACAAAUAUUCAAAUAUUGUAGGCCUACUUUUAUUUCAACACAGAAAAUUGAUUGGAAUUCAAUAAGGGAAUCGAUGAAGAAUCAGACUGUUAAGCUGAAUGGAUAAUGGCCUUGGUAUCAAAAGAAUAUUAUCAGUUCCCAUUCCCACACUUACCAGAUUUAACAUUUAGCAUUUUCUCCAUGCUGCAGAAUCUUUUAGGUGUAUCUUUUUUGUUGUUUGUGUUUAAUUAACGGAUUCAAUUUUCUCUCGUUUUAAUCGAUUUCGUCAAAUAUUACAGCUUCAUUGCUACAAUAAUGAUUUAAUGAUCAUGUGAUCUGCUGGGGAUGCCUUGUGAGCACAUGAAGGCACCCAUGAGACAACUUUUCCAGUUUGCAUCUUGACAUUAAAUGUGAUCACUCGUGUGGUUUUCCACUCUCCCAGCACAGGCGGCUCUGAACGGCACUUCUCGUUCAGAUUCUAGUGAGGUGCGUUAAUGGAGAGCUGUUGCAUCACAGUAGAUAUAGUAUAUCUCUUUAAAAUGGUUCUGCA